AUGAGAGUAUCAGCCGAAGCUGUACCGGUAUCACAACAGUUUUCUCCAAUUCGUUCUCAAUAUAGUAUUGUUGAUGAACGACAAGUUCAACCAUUUCAACAAGAAAAAUAUCAAGCAUGGACAACAAAAGCUUCACAAGAACCUUUUAUUUCGAAUUCAAGCGUCAGUGAAAAUCAAUCACAAUCUUGUAAAAAAUACGUGACAGCAAAAUGUAUAAUGACAUUUCUUAUCGGUUUUAUUAUUUGUGGUAUUCCAUUGGCUGUUAUGUCGGCUUUAUAUGCACAAAAAAAGGCAUCAUCUAGUAGCAGUUCAGAUUCUUCAAGUAGUUCUGUCAGUCUUCCAUCACAAUGUACAUCAUAUAUUUCGAAUUCGGAUUCAACACGUCUUACAACUUAUACAAGUUGCAUUAAUUGUUUUUCUGAUGUAAGUGGAAGUUUUACAACAGGCUGGUAUAGAUUUAUGAAUACAGCUGGAACUCGAUUAGCAACAACACCUUCUAGUUAUGGAUCAUGUGGUGUUUCAUAUCCAACUUGGUAUAAUGGUACUUUUCCAUCAACUGCAGGUUCAAUUAUAACAGGCACUGUUUGUGUACAAUGGAGUGGCAAUUUAUGUUAUGCUCCAUAUAUUACAACAAUUUCUAUUACAAAUUGCAACGGUUAUUAUGUUUUUUAUUUAAUACCAAUGACUACAACCGGUAUACGAUACUGCACAACAUAUUAA